AUGGCGUCCACUUCGGAAAGCGAGGUUCGCGAAAACUCGGAGCGGGAAUUCAUCAGUUUGUUGAUCGAAUUAUAUCGCGAUUGUCCGGAAUUGUGGAAAGUGAAGAGCAAGGAUUAUUUCAAUAGAAAUAAAAAAAGUGCGGCGCUAGAAAAAAUCGUGGGGGCAUUGAAAAAGAUAAAACCCGAUUUCAGUGUGAUACAAUUGAAACAAAAAAUUAAUGUUCUCAGAACAAACUUCAACAGGGAGUUCAAGGCCAUCGAGGGUAAAAAAGUGUCAGGGACGUCUACAGACGAUAUCCCUGAACCUUCGCUUUGGUAUUACAAUGAUAUGCACUUCAUAAAAGACCAGUUGGAAAUCGCACAAACCGAAACUUCUGAGCAACCGACUCCGGUCCUUCUUCUCGAUGUCUUGGCGGACUAA